AUUGAGGAGAUUGGAAAUGUUAAUGACGUAAGUGGAAAUGGAACGCGCUUUAUAAAUUGUGCCAUAAGGAAUGUGAGGGUUUUAAACAUGUUUAUCCCACAUGAGAACGAGAAAAGGAAAGAUGAUAUUAUCAGAAAGUAUCUGCUAGGACGAUUGAAAUUGAUAUUCAGCAAAGCUAACAGGUUUACUCCAGCGACAUGGAAUUCUAGAUAUGAAGUAGACAUUGCACACAUGUUCACUGACUUGGACAUACUAAACGAAAAUAAAGAUAACAAAGUUGAGAAACCAACAAUUCAAGAAGUUUUAGGUAUUAUUAAAUCUACACCUGCAUGUCGAGUUGUUAUCGAUGGUGAGGGGGGUAUUGGUAAGUCCACUCUUCUCAGAUUCUUAGCAUACAAUUGGGCUAAUGAUCUAGAUGAGACAUUUAAAGGAAAAUUAUUGUUUCUUGUAAAAGUCAGAGAUAUUAACAAAUGCGUUGUAAAUGAAAUGUUAAAGGUAGUCAACGUUGACGAAUUUGAAUCAUUAACAAAUCUCAAACCAGGCUACGAUUUAAUUAAACAGUUCAUAGUGAAACAUGCUCAUGAGAUUAUACUGUUACUCGAUGGAUUAGAUGAAUUGAAAGACCAUACAAAGAGUCCAAUAUCUUUAUUCAAAAAGGAACAAUUAAAUAACAGCAAAGUAAUAGUUACAUCUCGGUCGGGGACUGUAGGCCUAGAUAAUUUUGUUAAAGAAAGUGAUAUUCAUGUAAAUGUCAAGGGAUUUAAUGAAAGGAAUAUUGAGAGGUAUAUCAAGAGAUACUUUAAAUACUGUAAGAAGCCUGUACUGGCAGAGACUCUAAUCAGUAAGCUAAUUUUAGAUGAAAGCAGAAGGAAAGAUAGCAAACAUAUGGAUCCAGUAUUGAUUUGUAAAAAUCCAAUGUUGCUUCUUAGUGUUUGCGCCAUCUGGGAGGAUAAACAAUACCUUCCAACAGAUAAAUCUGAACUUUUUAAAGAAGUGUACCGAUGUAUAAUUAAUAUGUAUAUUGACAAACACGAGGCUUUACAGAUGAGAAAAAUAUCUAUCUUUGAGAAUAUUCCACCUAAGUACAUAUAUGCUAUGCUUGUACUAGGUAAUUGUAUGUAUGAAUCUCUAAAGAAAAAUAAGCUAUCCAUAAACAAAGCUAAUAUGGAGGGUAAUAAAGAGGGGGUUGAAUUGGCUUUAAAACUUGGAUUUGUUUACAAAGAUGCACCAAUUUACAAAGAUGACUUUGAAGAAAUAUUUACACCUCCACAUAAGUUGAUUGUAGAAUCAUUGGUAGGAUUUUACAUAAGCAAUCAAUGCAAAACUCAAAUACAUCAACUAAAACCAUUAGAAAAUAACGAAUGGGAUGUGAUAAGAAUGAAUGAACAUUUGGAGGUGGCGCGAAUGUUUGCUAUUGACUUUCUUGAAGCCAAAGCUGGCAAAUUUCUAAAACAUUGGAUAACUAAUAGUUUAUCAAUAUUUUCUCUUAUGACACACCUAAAUCAUGUAAAGGAAGAGCACAGGGUACAUGUCGAAAAGACGAUAACUGACUACAUUUCUGAACACAGUUUUGAAAUGAAGCCUCAUAUUCUUGACAUAUGUAAUUCCCUGUGUAGAUGUAUCCAUUACAUCGACCCAACUGUCAAUGAAAAUUGGACUUUCUUGCGACUGACAAGAAAAGCUCAGCAUGUUCAAAAUCAGAUAGUAAAUUUGUUAAAGAAGUCUAGAUUCCUCAAAAUGUCUCCUGAACUUCUUGGAAAAAUGAUAGCUCAUUUAUUAAUUGUUCUUAAAGACCAAAAUGUCUUGUUUAAGGACAAUGUUCAUCUGCGUGAUGACCAUGUUGUUAAUUUUCUAUUGAAUGAGUUCCAAAAACUUCGUUUUCAAUAUGACAUUUCUGAUUUAAUUAACAAUUCUCUUCAUCCGUCAUUAUUAACUCACAUACUGUUCCAGGCACCAAACAUUUCAUUUCUUAAUUUGAACAAAUGUCAUGUAACAGGGGAUAAAAUAAAUGAAUAUUUCAUGCAAUGUCCAAAAAGUGGCAUGUUAAAACUAAAAUGUCUUGACAUUAGUAACAAUAAUCUUAGUGCAGUCAAGGGCGCUUCAUUAGCUGGUUUACUUACUAUGUCUCCGAACUUGAAUGGACUUAAUAUGACGAAGUGUAUGUUAUCGGGUGUUGUUGUGAAUGAUAUGGUCAGAAUCUGUUCUAGUAGAGUUGUUGUAUUGAACCUAGAAGAGAUUUACAUCAGUAAUAAUGAUAUGAGUUCAGUUAAAGGCUCUUCACUAUCGGGUUUAUUUGUCUUGGCCCCUAAUCUAAAUUAUAUUGACAUGCAAAGUUGCAGUUUAUCAGGUGUUGCUGUGAAUGACAUGGUUAGGCACUUAUCCAAUAACCGAGUUAAGAUGAUAUUAUUAGAAAAACUUAAAAUCUGUGGGAAUAAUCUAAAUGAAAUUGAGGGCGCAUCACUAGCAGGUUUACUUGUCAUUUGUCCUGUACUGAGUGAACUUCAAUUGAAUAAUUGUAGUUUAUCAGGUAGUGUGUUCAAUGACAUGAUCAAAAUGUGUAUCAGUAAAAAAGUUAUGUUGGAAUUAACACAUCUUGACGCCAGUAAUAAUGAUCUGAGUGCAAUUGAGGGAGCUUUACUGGCUGAGUUACUUGCCAUGGCCCCUAAUGUGUAUAUGAUUGACAUAAAUAGUAGCAGUGUAUCAGGUACUGUUGUGAAUAAUAUGGUCGAAAUUUGUUCUAAAAAGAAAGUUGUUUUGAAAUUACAACAUCUUAACAUUAGUUAUAAUAAUCUGAGUGCAAUUGGAGGUGCUUCAUUAGCUAGGUUACUUGUCCUAGCCCCUAAUCUGAAUUAUUUUGAUGUACAAAAUUGUGGAAUAGAAGGUGUUGUUGUAAAUGAUCUGGUUGAAAAUUGUUCCAGAGAAGUUGUGUUGAAAUUAGAAUAUCUUAACUUAAGUGAUAAUAAUCUGAGUGCAAUUAAGGGAAAUUUACUAGGUGAUUUACUUGUCAUGGCCCCAAAUUUGUGUACGAUUGGCAUAAAGAAUAGUAGUUUAUCGGGUGCAGUUGUGAAUGAUAUGGUCAGAAUCCGUUUCAAAAAGGAUGGGUUGUUAAAAUUAGAAGAGCUGGACAUCAGUGAUAAUAAUCUGGGUGCGAUUGAGGGCGCUUCACUGGCUAGGUUACUUUUCAUGGCUCCUAAUUUGCGUGACAUUUACAUAAAUAGUUGCAGUUUAUCAGGUGCUGUAGUGAAUCAUAUGAUCAAAAUUCUUCCAAGUAUGAGAGUUGUGUUGGACUUAAUACUUCUUGACAUCAGUAAUAAUGAUCUGAGUGCAAUUAAAGGCGAUUUACUAGCUGAUUUACUUGCCAUGGUCCCUAAUUUGCGUACGAUUAAUAUAAAUAAUAGCAAUUUAUCAGGUGCUGUCGUAAAUUAUAUGGUCGAAAUUUGUUCCAAAAAGGAAGUUGUUUUGUUGAAAUUAGAAAAUCUCAACAUCAGUUAUAAUACACUAAGUGCAAUUAAAGGUGCUUCAUUAGCCGGUUUACUUGUCCUGGCCCCUAACCUGAAUUAUUUUGAUGUACACCGUUGUACAUUAAAAAGUGUUGCUGUAAAUGAUAUGGUCGGCGUUUGUUCCGGAAAGAGAGUUCAGUUCAAAUUAGAAUAUCUUAACAUAAGUAAUAAUAAUUUGUGUGCAAUUGAGGGCGCUGUACUAGCUGAUUUAGUUAUGAUGUGUCCUAAAUUGAGCAAACUUGAAAUGAGUAAGUGCAGUUUAACAGGUGGUGUUAUGAAUGAUAUGGUUAGUGUCUGCGUCAGUAAGGGAGUAAUGUUAGGCUUAAUAUAUCUCGACAUCAGUAAUAAUGAUUUGAGCUCAAUCGAAAGCGCUACACUAUCUGGUUUAUAUGCCUUGGCCCGAGACCUUCGUACGAUUAAAAUAGAUAACUAUUGCAAAAUAGAGUUAGAAAAUACAUGUAAUGCAGCAGUACAUAAUUUGUUAAAAACAAUUUAAAAAAGCUCUAGAAUAAUUUUUGUAAAGAUAUGCAACUUCAAUCAAGUUAUUCCAAACAACAGUUUCAUUAUACCGAAAAGUACAUUUGCUAUUACAGCUGAUUGUUGUUUUACUCUUGCAACAAAUACAAUUCACAUAUACAAUGUUAUCUUUUACAUAGAGCUUACACACUCCCUUUCUUAAGACUUUCCUGCUCGUGAAAAAACUGUCACUUGGUUAAAUUUGUCGUGCAUCUUUGGUAAUUUGACUAAAGAGAGUUAAGCUGCUCUGUUCACACUAUCAAAUUUAAUGUCACAAAUUUGAUAGUGUGGACAUAGAUUUACGCAGGUUGUUCACACCAGAGACACUGUUAGUUUUGACCAAACAUAAACGGAUGCUGUGAACACGGCUUUAGAAAAAAAGAAUAUAAUAAAAUUAAGAGACAAAAAAUAUCUAAGGGACGGGGCUUGACAAUAUUUUUAUGCAUAGGCCUAGGCUUUAAAUUCUCCAUGUGCUAAAUUAAAUAAUGCAGUAGUAUUCACCUUUAGGGCUGAAGUGUAAAAUUACUUUCUUUAAUAAACUUCAAAAUAAUGCUUUUAAUGUUUUAAUAUAUAUUUUACUAUAUCUAACAAUUUUAACAUUUUAUCAAUGGUUGUAUUCAGUAUAGUGUGUGUAUCUUGGUGUUAAUUUUUUAUGAACCUCAAACUGGUGCUUUAAAUUUUUUCAUAUUUUAACAUGUUCUUAAGCACAUUUUAAAGAUUUAACAUUUUAUUAAUCGUUGUUACAGUAUGCAGUGUGUAUCUUGGUGAUUGUUAUUUAUGUAACACAUUUUAGACAAUGCAAUGUAUAAUCACCCAGAUUUUUGAACCAUGUUUACAUUUCAAUUGUGUUUGACUAAUAAAUAAACCUUGGAUCUCGAAUCUUGAAAAUGGCCAGUGUCCUAGGGACUUUGGCCCUUGCACCAGUCAAUGUUUUUUUCAUGUUCUGUACAUGACAAUUACAGUAAAUUAGUACUUUCAGAAUAAUCUCUAGUGAAUCCGACAGUAGAGGGCUGGAGAUGAAAAGGGGGUAAUUUCAUGAGAGGCCACCAUAAAUGGCAUGCAUUCAUGUUCUAAGUAAGAUUUUUUGUUCACAGUCACUUUGAAAAUGUGUUCAAAUGUUAAAGAAAUAAAGCAAAAGCUCACUUAAUAUUUCGUUUUUGGUUAAAAAUAUAUCUGCUUACCAACAUUUUUAAAACAGAGACAUAUUUAAACAGGAUAAUGGAGAGAAGUUGCAUCUCCCUGGGCCCCACCAAAAUUGUUCCUGAGCAUUAUAAUCAAAUGUAAAUAUGAAGCUGGUGUCCCAUACCUUUCCAUCGUGCCUCUCUUCAUCUGCCCAUCAGCCGAACUCAGGUGUGUUAUAAUAGAGGCUAUUACAUAACGAGAUGUUACGUAUUGUGGUGAAAGAAUAUGCAAUUCAAUGUUUUAGUAAUUUCAAUGAUUUUAACUAUUGAAUACAUCUUUUCAUAUUUUAUUGCAUUAUAGUUAGUACUGUAUUUUUAUGUCUGUAUUAGAAAUGUAUUGAAAUAGGCCAUCUUUAAGUCAACAUAGCCUUUAGAGCUUCCCGCUCAAAAGAUUUUCGAAUAAAUAAAUAAAUAUGUAGUUUUUGAAA